AUGUCAACGAAUAUUAAUUCUUCACCUCGCCAAGUACGAUUCGCGGUAGCCUGCAAACCCAACGAUGAUAGCAUUGUCAGGAGGGCUGCAACAUAUCCAAAGCAUAAUUGGGAUUAUGAUUCUGUUCAAUCACUGACAAGUAAAUAUGUGGGAGAACCAUAUCUGGGACGAGCCAACAAGCUCAAAGCAGAAGUAAAGGUGAUGCUAGAGAAAGCAUUGGAACCUAUAAAUCAACUGGAGCUCCUUGAUACCUUGCAGAGACUGGGUUUAGCUCAUCAUUUUGUAGAUGAAGCGAAGAACAUACUGAAGAGCAUGUUUCAUGAUACUCAUAUAGAGGAUACAGAGACGAAAGCUGACUUGUAUGCCACUGCACUUGAGUUUAGACUCUUAAGACAGCAUGGGCAUCUUGUACCUCAAGAGGUUUUCAAUCGUUUUAAGGAUGAACGAGGAAAUUUUAGGGCAAAUGUUUGUAGUGAUAUAAAAGGAAUGUUGCACUUGUACGAAGCUUCAUAUUAUUCGGUAGAAGGUGAAAGUAUCUUAGAUGAUGCUCGAAAUUUCACUUCCAAACAUCUUGAAAAUUAUGUCAAGCAGUGUGACAGUAACGAGUAUCUUUCCAUGCUAGUGAUCCAUACAUUAGAGACUCCACUGGCGUGGAGGGUGCUCAGAUUUGAAGCCAGUUGGUUCAUUAAGUUAUAUGAGUCUCAACAAAAUAUGGAACCAAUUUUGCUUGAGCUCGCAAAAUUGGAUUUCAACAUGACUCAAGCUACGCAUCAAGAGGAAUUGAAACAUUCAUCUAGUUGGUGGAAGAAAACAGGCCUUGCAGAAAAAUUGGAUUUCGUCAGGGCCUGGUCGAUGGAGAGUUUCUUCUGGAGUGUGGGAUUUAAAUCUGAACCAGAAUUUGGAUAUUUCAGGAGAAUGAUGACCAAGGUUAUUCAACUAACAACUGUGUUGGACGAUAUCUAUGAUGUCUAUGGUACCUUAAAUGAGCUGGAGCUACUGACAGAUGUUAUUGUAAGGUGGGAUAUUAACGCAAUGGAUCAGCUUCCACACUAUAUGAAAUUAUAUUUUCUGACUCUGUACAACUCUGUAAACGAGAUGGCUUAUGAUUUCCUCAAGGAUCAAGGAUUUAAUAUCAUUCCAUACCUCAAGAAAGCGUGGGCAGCAGUAAGCAAAUCAUUUUUGCUGGAGGCCAAGUGGUACCAUGCCGGAUAUACUCCAACUCUAGAAGAAUACUUAGAAAACGGAUGGAUUUCAAUAACAGUGCCAACAAUGCUACGCCAUGCAUAUUUUUGGGUCACAAAUCCAAUUAAAAUGGAGAAACUACAAUACUUAGAGGAAUUCCCCAAUGUCAUUCGAUGGUCAUGCAUCAUUGUACGACUUCUAGAUGAUCUAGCAACAUCCUCGGAUGAACAAAAGAGAGGUGAUGCUCCUAAGUCAAUCCAGUGUUACAUGCAUGACACUGGGGCUUCUGAAGAAGAAGCUUAUGACCAUAUCAGAAACGUAGUUUUUGAAACAUGGAAGAAGAUAAAUGGAGAUCGAUUUUCAAAUCCAAUCUUCUUUGAGACUCACACCGAAGUUUCACUGAACAUAGUACGGACAAGCCAAAGCACAUUCCUUCACGAAGAAGGGUAUGAAGUCGCAAUUCCUAAAGCUAAGGAUCUCAUGAGAUCAAUUCUUGUUGAUCCAAUUAAUUAA